GUGACAGAAUGGAAGGACUCAUUCACUCUCCUCCACAGGUGCUGGGCUGUGUGUGGAGGUGACAGUGCCACAGGACCCUGUGAUGCAGGAACGAGGCUCCAGUGUGGAACUUCCCUGUCACUAUAAAACCUCGGUUGACAAAAAUUUCAUGCUGGAGUGGAAGUUUGCACCAGGCUCUGUAGCACCUGAGCAGAGCAAGCAGAUCCUCUACUUCACUAAUGACAAGUUGUACAAGCCCGGCUCUCAGGCCGAACGGCUCAGCCUCCUGCACGACCCUCCCACCCUGGGGGAUGCGACUCUUCAGCUAGCCAACGUCCGCGCCUCGGACAACGGCACGUACAUCUGUGUGGUGAACAACCCCCCGGACUUCUACGGCAGCGGCUCAGGGCUCAUCCACUUCACUGUGCUGAUGCCUCCAUCUACCCCUGUUUGUAAAGGGACAGAAUAUGCCCGGAUUGGGGGCGACGCCACACUGACCUGCAGCUCUGUGGAGGGGGUGCCUGCCCCGAUUUACGCCUGGUCACGGGUGGACUCCAAGACCUCAUUGCCAUUGGCCAAUAUGGUGCAAGAUGACCAAACAGGGAAGCUGCAGCUGACAAACCUCUCGCUGGCAUUCUCAGGGACCUACCAGUGCGUGGCCUCCAACCAGUUCGGCCACGCCAGCUGCCAAGUGACAGUUAAUGUGUCAGGCACUGCAGAAGCUGGAGCGAUCGCAGGAGCUGUGAUAGGAGUGCUGCUGGUGCUCUUGCUGCUCGGGGCAGCUGUCUAUCUGUUCUGGUACAGAAAGAAGGACAAGAAGGAGUCUCAAUCCACGUACACCGGGAACGAUAUAAGGGAGGAUGCCACUGCCCCGGGGAUCUCAGACACCUCGUUGCAGAGACAAGACAGCGACCCUGGGAGCCAUUUCUUGGAGCAGCCAGUGUCGAGGCCAGAGUCCGCCAGCACUACCAAGUCCAGACUCAACAUGAUUGUGUGAG